CCGAGCUGUUCCGCUGCCGUCCCGCGUCCGACUUGUGGCCCGGGCGAGUCAGCAGCGCGUAGUGUUGACAGCAGCGUAGUGUCGGCGGAGCGGCGGCAGCAGACAGCAUCACCGGAGCCGAAUGGAGUAACCACUGACUUACUAUCCCACACAGCGUCUUACUUACAAGCUUUGUUUACACCGUACAUACAGCGACGCCAUGGCAGACGACCAGUCCUCCCAAUCCUGGUCAAUCGACAAGGAUGACUACGAACUCAACGAGGUGAUAGGGAGUGGAGCCACUGCAGUUGUCCAGGCAGCCUACUGCAAACCCAGGAAGGAGAAGGUGGCCAUCAAACGCAUCAACCUGGAGAAGUGUCAGACUAGCAUGGAUGAGCUCCUGAAAGAGAUCCAGGCUAUGAGCCAGUGCCACCAUCCAAACAUUGUGUCUUACUAUACCUCCUUUGUGGUGAAGGAUGAACUGUGGCUCGUGAUGAAGCUUCUCAGUGGUGGCUCUGUGUUGGACAUCAUCAAACAUAUCAUCUCUCGUGGCGAGCACAAGAGCGGGGUGUUGGACGAGGCCAGUAUCGCUUCCAUCCUGAAAGAAGUGCUGGAGGGGCUGGAGUAUCUUCACAAAAACGGGCAGAUUCAUCGGGAUGUAAAGGCUGGAAAUAUUUUGCUUGGGGAUGAUGGCUCAGUGCAAAUUGCUGACUUUGGUGUGAGUGCCUUUCUAGCAACAGGAGGAGACAUGACUCGGAAUAAGGUUCGGAAGACGUUUGUGGGGACGCCGUGUUGGAUGGCCCCGGAGGUCAUGGAGCAGGUCCAUGGCUAUGACUUCAAAGCAGACAUCUGGAGUUUUGGGAUAACAGCCAUUGAACUCGCCACAGGGGCUGCGCCAUAUCACAAAUACCCACCAAUGAAGGUGCUGAUGUUAACUUUGCAGAAUGACCCUCCCUGUCUGGAGACGGGCAUCACAGAUAAGGAAAUGGUGAAGAAGUAUGGAAAGUCCCUCAGGAAAAUGAUCUCCCUGUGUUUACAGAAAGAUCCUGAAAAAAGGCCAACUUCUGCUGAGUUGCUGAAACACAAAUUCUUCACUAAAGCCAAGAACAACGAGUACUUGCAGGAGAGGCUUCUACACAAAGGGCCAACAAUAACACAGCGAUCAAAAAAGGUGCGUCGUGUGCCUGGCUCGAGUGGCCGCCUCCACAAGACGGAGGAUGGUGGUUGGGAGUGGAGUGACGAGGAGCUGGACGAGGAGAGUGAGGAGGGCAUAGCUGCUAUUACAGCUCUGCGGUCGCCCAGAGUGAAGGACGGGUCCCAGAAUAUGGAGCUUUUUCCACCAGCAGCUGGCUCCACAGGACAUCUGCAGCCACCUGCUGCAGCACAUGAGGGCCCUGUGAGUGCGGGCAAGACAGGAGAGGAUGCCCCCCCACAGGCUCCAAUGCAAACAGCGAGCCUGUCACUUGUGCCCACUGCUCAGGAUCCUUCUGCAGGCGAUGCUAGCGUUCCCAUCAGCCUCGUCCUGAGACUGAGAAAUCUCAAGAAGGAACUCAAUGACAUCCGAUUUGAGUUCAUGUCCGGCAGAGACUCUGCUGAUGGAGUUUCUCAGGAGUUGGUUUCAGCUGGGCUGGUGGAUGGGAGGGACUUAGUCAUUGUUGCUGCCAAUUUGCAAAAGAUUGUUGAUGAUCCUCAUAGUAACAAAAAUCGGACCUUUAAACUGGCAUCAGGUGUGGAGGAGUCUGAAAUUCCUGAUGAUGUUAAACUCAUUGGAUUUGCGCAGCUCAGCAUCAGUUAAGUCAAGCGGAGCCAGCAAAAAGGAACUGAAACAAAUGGUAUUGCACAGCUGAAUUGUAGUCAGUUCCAAGAGACCACUACUGCCAAAGAGAGGAGGAGGAAGAUGAUGCUGAGACGGGAAGCUGGCAGGGCUGUGACACUACUGCAGGAUGCAUGAGGACCACAUUGAGACGAGGCUCAGUUCAUCGAAGGAAUCACACUUGAAACGUUUACAGUGCGCUUAUACAGUAAAUGGGAGAACGGAUGCAAUCAGCUAUAAGAACUCCUAAUUUCUUUCCCUAUGUUUUUUUCCUCUUCAUACAUAAGCACAAUCCAAACAUCUCCUGCCAGUACUGGAAGUGAUUGCCUUUUUUUUUUUCCUUAAUCAAUAGUGCCACAAAACUCAUGAGUGUUGCGCGACCUUACAUGGCACUUUAUGAUACAUUGAAAUUAAAAAGAAUAAAUUCAGCCUUAGGUGCUCAAACAAUAGAUUUUACCAGUGUGAUUGGUGAAAAAUUAAGUCCAUUUGUGAUUAUUUGGUGUAUUCUAUUAACACAGAUUUAUGAAAUCAAAAAGGAAACCCUUGUAAAAUCCAAUAUAAACACACUGCAGCAUAGUUGCAGGUUUAAAUCUGUAAAUUCAGACAGGUUAUUAUGUAAAAAUGACUAGAUUACUUUUUAGAGCAGUACAAUGGGCUCUCCUCCACAGGAUCAGUGUGCGGUGAUUUUGUUAAAGCAUGGAAGUGCUAAUGCUUUGACUGCACUGCUGUAGUCAUUCAGAUAUAGGCAAAUCAGAUGUAAUUGCUGUGUCUCAUAACUAGUUUCAAUAUGUUGUCCGAGGCCGUUCUCCUGAGGUAAUAAUGACAGGCUUAUUUUUAAAGAUUGAAACCUUCCUCAUAUUCUUGUACUAUGCAAUCGUUUUUUUCUUUUCACCGAAUGUGACCAUUAGUCGCUUAUAAUAUUUCUCUUGGGAUGAAUAAAACCAUUUUUUGUGCUUGUACCUCAAAAGAAGUUCAUAAAUUGCAACCAGCAAAACAGGCGUCUCUAAGAAUCAGCAAUGGGCUUGACUUACAUUUUCACAAGCAUGAAGGGAAAACUAAACACACGGUCACGGCUGUUUGCUUUCUUCUGUCCCCCUUUAUAGUUCUUACUCACCCAAUUUAUUGAUAAAACAGCUGAGAAGAAUCAUGAGUGCUGGUGAUGAGUGUUACAUCUCGAAGCAGCUUGCGUUACAGGUCGACUGCUGAUGAACUUCUGGGGAGGUGUGCAUGCUCAAAAACUGAAAAUGUUCUAUCAAUGUGAAAUAAAGUUUAAAGGGGCAGUUCAACCUAAUUGCAAAACCAGUGGCUUUUAUCCAUGGAGAUUUGGUUUAUUUGUUAAGGAUUUCAACUAUUUGAGAUGUUUGGCUCCAGCCCAAUACAAUAGCGGAGUGGUGAAUUGAAUUUGUAGCUAAGGUGGCUUUAGAACCAGUGUCAGCCACUCUGUCGACCGUUGUCAUCCACAUUGAAAUAACUCCUGUGACUAUUUGAUGAAUUGUAAUGACAAUUAUGAAAUGGGUUCACUUGACUUAAAGGCUUAUUGUGUAAGAUUAAGAAAGUGGUGAAGUUGCAUGUUGCAGCUGAAUACCCCUCACCCUCCCCUUCCAAAUAUGAAAGAACCUGCAGAAGCCUGAAGGUGUUAAGUUUGUCCAGUUUGAAAUAUUUAAAUAUAAAGUGCACAUUCUAGGGUAAAGAAAACAACAAUUUGUACAAUUUAGAUGAAACACUAGUAAUAACAUCAGUAGGAAUUUUUUUAAUAAAAUGUUAUUAUAAAUGUUAAAUAGAUCCCUUUCACCUAAAUCUUACACACUGAACCUUUAAGUAAUUCUGACUCUUCAUCAGGUCGACUAUAAGGUCAAAAUAAAGUCCUCUCAAUACGGUGUUCUUUGAAAAAAACUAAAUGAAUUACUUUCAUUUUGACCUAAGGCGCUCUUUGUAUUUAGUGCUAUAGUAAACAUAGCCGCUAAAUAUUAAAAUGCUACAAUUGUGUUUGUGUGCAUGUUGGCUAGUUGCUCAUAUCACUGCUGAGCUGAAGCAUGGCCACGGCACGGCUGUAGAAUUUUUAGUCUUGUCGGUUCAUAUUUUUCUUUUCUACUUCUACUUCUUGAGACAGGGACUUUGUUCAUCUGGAUAAAUCAUUGAACCAUUGUGGGUUUCUUUUAACUCUUUUAAAAUAAUAUUUGUGAUUUAUUGAAAAGGAGACAAUGUUUGGAAUGCUAGCAGCCUGGCUCUAUGGAUGGAGAGGCACUGACUUGAUCCAUCACGGUCAAGUCAAGUCUAUAAGGUUGACAUUUGAGUUUUUGGGAAAGAAAUUAUGAAAAAUUAUUUUGGUCCCCACUCAACAAUUUCAAAACUUGGAUCUUCUCCUGACUUAAACCAAAUACCUGCGAAACUCAGCCAAGGGCGAACACCGUGUUAUGUGCUAAUGAGUCAUGCUUAUUUCAAUGUAGGUUUUCAGGGCAGUGAAAUUCAAAUGUGACUGCAUGGCUGGAUUCCACUUUUUCAUAUGUUGGGUGAAGUAACCCUUAAGACUUUUCCAGAAGCCAUUUAUUACUUUAGUGUUUUUGAGUCAAUAGGCAAGUUGUGUUCACAGUGUGUAGUCUCUUCAAACAACAAAUCACUUUUGUCACUCCCAGUGUAGCUGUAUGGUUGUUUUGUACCAUGUACCAAGGGCUGUGAUACAGCUCCUGGUUUAGGUACUGAUGUAAAUGGUGUAUGUAAGAAGUUGUAAAUGUACGUAUGAUAAACUCCAUGCAAUGUAACACCAACAAGUUGUAUGUAAUGAUGUGACCGUUUAAAUGUUCAUGUCAAACAAAAGGAACAUUUCACCUGUAAAUAUGGAUUAUGACGAAUAUCCUGAGACUCAUGUUCAGUACAUGGUUACAUUUGUUUUGUAGUGUUUUCCACUGUUUGCCUUUGUUCGAGCAUCACUAGUCAUGCACAAAAUAUUUGUUCAACUGGCACCUUAAAGAUAUGUUUAACGUGCAUAUUUUUGGAAGAACAUGGAGGCUUGUAACCACAAUGUCUGUGCUUUGGCAUCCUGAUAAGCAGUUUGACUCUCUGAAGCCUGUUCAAGGCAAAUGGAUAAAAAAAAGACAGCUGGCAAAAGUUACACUUUUUUCUCUCUCACUGUGUGUGAUUUUGAUGAUAACUUGAUUGAUCAUCAAAGUCAAAAUCCUCCAGGACUCUAAAUUUCUUUCCCUUCUUUGUUUGCUCAUCAGAAAAACAUACUUCUGCCUCAUGGUGGUAGCACUGAAUGAUUAGUAUUAACUUAAUCAUACGAUUGGCAUGUAAGAGUAGAUAAUUAUGUAUAUUUCUAAACAUGCUAAACGUACUAAAAAGAAUUGUUCAUGUGUCCACCUUUUCCAACAAUGUCUUCAAUUAGUCAAUGAAUCUCAUUUGUAUGUUUUCACAACUAUUCCACUUCAAAUUAUGCAAGUCACAUUAUUGAUGGAGGACAGAGUCUGUUAAAAAUAUGAUAAAACUGAGUUUUUGUUAUUUAUGUGCUUUAACAUGUCCAUUCGCCACCAUUAGCACACAGCUUAGAUUCAACUGUAUAGACUCUUAGUGACGAGUCCGGUAGUUAAAACACUUGUGUUGACACUGUUCCAGGACAACUGACAACUUUGUCAAACACAUCAUCUGCAGUGUGAUAAUGGUGAAUUCGAGAGAUUCUGGCAACCAUCAGAGAUUUCGGUUCUUUCUAGAAGGUUCUCAUUCUUGCCUUAACCUUCCAAAAUAACUUACUUCACACUUUCUUUUGUAGUUUAUUUUAAAUUGUAUUCUAAUGGUUUUCAUUAAAUCUGGGAUACUUUUGCCUC